AUGAACACAACAACUCCAACAAAUGAGGUUUACAAGCCAUACAGUGCCGUACCAACAGCAUCAUAUAGUCCUCUUAUCCUUUCACUGGUCGGCGUACUGAUAUUAGUGACAUGCAUCAUCUUAAACUGCAGCUGUAUAUGUCGUCGGGUCACCUCUAAGCGUAUAAACACAAAUGAACCAGCGUGUGGUGUAUUGAAACAAAACAUUAGUCCAAAUCAUGUCGUGCUGGAUAUAGAGUCCACACAAACAACACCCCAAUCUCAGGCAACCGCACCACCAUCAUCAUCAUCAGGAUCAUCGUCGUAUUAUGUCAAGAAUUCCGACUUAUCUUCAAGUUCUACUCUUAAUAACGCGACUACUGUAAAGAACCCGGUAUUGAUGUCGCAGAAAUUAUUGCACAAGCCAGUAUCAGUCCCACCUUUUGCAAAAACACCACAUGAAAAAGUAACCAGAUCGCCUCCUUUGGUGUCGUUUGCAAAAAGUGAGAAUUCAAGAAAUCAUCGUCAUGACCUACGCCCUAAUGGAUACGACAGACCUCAUGGUCCUACUACUACCUAUCGUAACAUCAACACCGGGAACCACAGUAGAGCACAACACCAGCUUCGUCAGCUCCCUGUAUCUCGCCAUUAG